AUGUCAGAGGAGGUCAUAGUCGUCGCCAAGUGGGAUUACACGGCGCAGCAGGACCAGGAGCUGGACAUCCGGAAAAACGAGCGUCUCUGGCUGCUGGACGACUCCAAGACGUGGUGGAGGGUCCGGAACGCCGCCAACCGGACCGGCUACGUCCCGUCCAAUUACGUAGAACGCAAGAACAGUCUGAAGAAAGGAUCGCUUGUGAAGAAUCUCAAAGACACACUUGGUUUGGGGAAGACCAGGAGGAAAACCAGUGCGCGUGACACCUCCCCAACGCCCAGUACAGACGCGGAGUACCCGUCCAACGGUUCGGCGGGCGCGGAGCGGAUCUACGACCUGAACACGCCGGCAUUGGUGAAGUUCUCGUACAGCGCGGAGAGAGAGGAUGAGCUGAGCCUGGUGAAGGGGACGCGGGUGCUGGUGAUGGAGAAGUGCAGCGACGGCUGGUGGAGGGGCAGCUACGCCGGCCAGGUGGGCUGGUUCCCCUCCAACUACGUCCAGGAGGAGGGUGGAGAGGCGGAGGUGUUCGCCGGCGACCUCCCGGCCCCCUCCUCUUCCUCCGGCUCCGCGGUCAUCAGCAACGGCCAGGCCCCCCUGCGGGUCCUCCACACCGUGCAGACGCUCUACCCCUUCAGCUCCGUCACGGAGGAGGAGCUGAACUUUGAGAAGGGGGAGACCAUGGAGGUGGUGGAGAAGCCGGAGAACGACCCAGAGUGGUGGAGGUGUCAGAACUGCCGGGGCCAGGUGGGACUGGUGCCCAAGAACUACGUGGUCAUCCUGAGCGACGGGCCCUUAGGCCACGCCCCCUCCGGGCACGCGGGCCCCGCCCACACGGGAAAGUUCGCCGGGAAGCCGUGGUACUACGGCAACGUAACGCGACACCAGGCGGAAUGCGCGCUGAACGAGAGGGGGGUGGAGGGAGACUUCCUGGUCCGAGACAGCGAGUCUUCGCCCAGUGAUUUCUCCGUCUCUCUCAAAGCAGCGGGGAAGAAUAAGCACUUCAAGGUCCAGCUGUCGGAGGGCGUGUACUGUAUUGGCCAGCGGCGUUUUGACAGCAUGGACGAACUGGUGGAACACUAUAAGAAAGCGCCCAUCUUCACCAGCGAACACGGAGAAAAACUCUACCUGGUCAAACCGUUGCCGUGA